AUAUCAUGGAGUUCGAGUGAGAAGACGGGUUCCUGAAACGUUAACGGGCCGCUUAAAAAUACCCGAGAUUGGCUUGCGGGCCUCGGGCCCAAGCCCAGUAGGAACCCUAAAUAUAAAUACCUAACACUCACUAAACACCCUCAAUUUCCCUAAAAACCUACGAGCCGACACCCACCCUUAUCUUUUUCCCUUUCCCUUUGUUUUGUCUACAGAUCCAUUCAAACACACACACACACACUAAUGAAAAUCAAAGCUUACAUCAACCACAACACCCCAUGCUCUCGAUUAUACGGCCAACCACCACCCUAGGGUGGUGGCUCACGGUGGCGGCGGCGCGGCGAUAAAGUCCGAGAGGGAGAGAGAGAGAUAGAGAAAGAGAGAGAGACCGAGCAGAAGAGGAUACAGAAGAAGGAGGGAGAACCGGCGGAGCCGGUGCCGUCGUUGACGGCGGCGGUGGUUCCGGUAACUCUCUCUCGAGUCACAGCAGCCGCGGGUCCAAAAAUUUCUCCGGUAAACUCUUAUAAUUCGUCAUCUUUCCCUCGUUUACUUUCAGAUCUGUAAAGAUCUAUCUCUCCGGCCAGUUUUGGUGACGUUUCAGGUUUGAUGAGUGGCGGUGUCGGCGUUGAUGUCGUCGUUUACGGCAGCGGAGGGGUGGAUGUUCGAAAGGGUGAAGUUGAUGGUGAUGGUUGAAGCCAAAAAGGCGACGACAGUUGUCGUCCGGCAACGAUGACGGCGGUUCGGGAGCCGGUUGUUUGUUUCGGAUCUAGGAUAUGCUUGGUUCGAGUUUGUCUCAUCUCGGGUCAGAUUAGUUACGGGCGAGUCUUGGUUCGGCUCGGGUCACUGUGCGGUUUGGGUUCAGUAAAAUAAGGUCAAAGCUGGUCAAGGCAGUCAACUAAGGUCAACGGAUCGGUUCGGAUCAACCGCGGAUCGGACUGGUCAGAUUUACUCAGUCAACGGGUCAACCGAGUCAACACAGCAGGUUGACUGGUCAAUGCUGGUCAACUCGGGUCAACGGACGGUCAACGACAGUCAACUCUCGGGUCAAUCACGGUCAACUCAGGGCCCGGAAUACUAUAGAUGCACGCUAGCCACUACACGUUCUUGGAACAACACUACGGAAUCACGCUAAGCUAGCAUUGCACAGGAAUGUCAAGGUUGCAUUUUCAAAACUAUGGAACGGUUGGAAUAGGAGAACCCAUGGGAAUUCAAGUACUUAGCGGCGUUCAUUUUCUAGAAGUCUCAGCUAAUUGCUUCCGCUGUGCAAUGAAGAUACCGGUCCAGUCACGCCAUGCUCUGAUAAUUUCGGGGUGUGACAGAUUGGUAUCAGAGCUAUAGGUUACAGCGAAUUAGGUUUCUGUAGAGAUACCUAGGCUCUAACCACACUAUACUCUGGGGACUUAGAUUAUUAAGACUUGGACACAUACAGAACGCCUAGGACUGAAUAUGGGUUUCCAACCGUUGCCGGAACAAUGAGUCAACUGUUUUGAUUUUAAACAUGCACAAGAGUUACGUUUGAUACACGAUACACGAAACAAUUACAUACAAAAAGCAAAACUUUGAGAGUUUUGGAUAACAUGCAUUUAGAACCUUUGGAAAGCUUAUGUCGAAACUCAUUAAUGGUCCUCACUUAGAAACCAUGACUAACUCGGGCAAAGCGCCAUUAUAUUAUGUCGUCUAUGCUAUCUUACUUACCUGAGCAGGUAACUUAUGCGGAAAGAAAUGCUAGUGCGCGAGUGCACAUGAAACUUAAACUAUACGUCAACGGACGUUGAAAUACAUCACACACAACUUUCGAGGCAAGGCCUUUGGAAAACAUGAUUGGAUACGAUAACAACGAUGCUAAUCCUGACAACGGGAGAACUAUCGAUUGCAAUGCAGCACUUUGCCACGUGAUCCUACAAACGACACGAAUCUCGCUCAGGUACGCUUAAACAAGAUUUCAUAACGAUCGAUGCUUAGUCUAAAGAGACUCACAAUUAUUGGCGCUGCAAAAGAAGUCACAUGUUUCCACAUUCCCCUAUUUCAUUUAUGGCGAUUACACUAUGUUCGACAUUCUAUGGUAAUGUCAACUAACAGAGGGUUAUCACGCGAAAUUCCAGGUAAAGUCCUUAAAUUUCUUUUAUUGAAAUUCCGACUUUUGCAUCUAGUGAGUAGAUUUUUGCAUUUCUACUCCCCCUAAUGGCCAUUGCAUCACGAAAAUUCUAUUUCAUGAUAACGAACACUUAAUUGCUUCAUUCUUGACAAAUUCAUAUGUUACACAUGCGUUGUUCGUUACGCAUGUGGCUUCACUUGAAAUUGUUGCUUUAUCAACGUUCAAUAUUGUUUUGCUAUGUCGAUUAUUGCAUUGUGAUUUGGAUAAACUACAUUAUUGCAUAAUGUUGACUCUUUGAUAUCGAGUCAACGAAACUCGUUGAAACUCUUUUCUAUUCAAGCCACAUACAUGGUUUUCGUUGUAACCAUGUCAAAAUCUUCUGGUUGAUACAUGCAUCCAUUGUUGGACUGUGUUUAAACCAAGUUCAAUUGUUUGAACUUGCUCGUAAUAUGCCUUCAAUUCAAGGUUCAUAUGAUGGAUUGAGGCCAUCAUAUUCAAACUUAAUCCUAACAAGCACUUCAUUUGUUUUGAACUGUAACAUGCUUGUUUGCUCUUUGACUUUAUUGAAUCGUUUCUCUGAUCACGAUCACCUUGUGGUGGCGUUUUUCACAAGUUUGAAGCUUGGGCUAAUCUCGUUGUUCACCUCAUGUAUGGAUUUAAUUAUUUAUUUAUUUGAUUAUUGAUAUUAAAUCCGUUUUGCUGAAUUAUCAUAUUAAAGCAAUCUUAACACAAUCGUGUGUUAAGAUAAUGGUACACAAUUUAUGUCAUAUUUCGGUGUACCACUUAACGGUUCUUUCAGCAUCGAUCGAAUAUUUUGUGAUAUUCAUUGCUUUUCAUUUUCGAUCGAGAACAUUAUUGGGUUGUUGUUUCGAUAUCAAUUGAAAAUCCUAUGAGAUUUGUUUUUACUUCGUUAAACCUUGCAUCUGAUUUCAAAACACGGUGAUACUUGUUCGGUCACCGCUAUUAUUGAAUUAUUCCAAUCACUGUAACACCUUGUGGUGUUGGUGUAAACUUGUAGCUUGGGCUAAUCAUGAUCGAGCGUUUCAUGCAAAAUACAGGUGAUACUUGUUCGAUCACCGCUCUUAUUGAAUCAUUUCAUUCACUACGACACCUUGUGGCAUCGGUAUAAACUUGUAGCUUGUGCUAAUCACGAUCGAUCGUUCAUGCGAAACUAUAUAUGCUUUUCGUUUGACUAAUCAUUUAAAUGGUCUUAAUGCAACUAUGUAUUAAGAUGAUGAUACACCAGGUUCGGUUGUAUUUCAUUUCGGUGUAUCCUUGCAACACGUUGAUUUUAUUCAUUUAACGGUUCGAUUGUUGAUAAAUCAUUUUCAUGAGUCUAUUUAUUUGAACUUGUUAAACUCGAGUUUCAAUCAUAGAACGACCAACACCAGUUUCUGUUGGUAGUGAAUUCUAUUGUUUCAAAAAAAUUGAUUUGCAGUUUGUGAACUUUCAUUUGGAAUUCCAUUGGUUGAAUUUCCUCUUUUGUUGAACCUAGUAAACGUAGUCACAUUGGUGAUAGUAUCACAACAUCUCGUUCACGUGACAUUGAUUUCUAGAACAAACUCAGUUAAACCGUUGGGUUCCUAUUGAUGCAAAAUUUUCUUGCAAUCACGUAAUCUGAACAAGUUUUGGUUCAAUUACGCGGUCAUUCACUUUGGUGUUAUUCGGACUUACCUAGGAACAGCACAACUCUGAGAAGUUAACAUAGUCUAAAUUUCGAGGACGAAAUUUCUGCAACAGGGGGAGAAUGUGACAACCGGUAAUUAACGGCUCCUAAUUACGUGAUUAGCGAACGAUUAAGGAGAUAAUUAAUAGUGUUUAAGGCCUUAAUUAACCUAAUUAGGCCCUUACUAUGCCUAGGAACGCUUAUCAGACGUAAUAGUGCGCGUAUGGUGAUUUCUGGAGAAAUCUGCGGAACGAUACACGGAAACGAACUGACACCAUACAAAAUUAUGACAACGCCGAUAAAUAUGAAUCUUGUACAUAUAUUAUAUAUAUAUAUAUAUAUAAAUUUGGUUUUAUAGAUUUGUUGUGCUCACGAACGACACAAAACGCAAACGUGAACGAAAAACGCGGAAACAGUAACGCACCGACAAUCAACGACGAAACGAUCGAAUUUCGUCUCGAUUUUAAUGUAUUACGUUUUAGCUUCGUUUUUCGAAUUUUAAUGUUCGCAGCUGGAAACGGAUUUAAAAAAAAAAAAAAAAAAAACGACCAACUACACAGUUUACAUGAUUUAACGCGGCUGAAGAGCAUACGCGACAAACAUCCAUUACUGACGUAAUUUUUGGAGUUUCGAUAUAUAAUUUUUUUUUAUUUCUACGACAUAUCAUGGAGUUCGAGUGAGAAGACGGGUUCCUGAAACGUUAACGGGCCGCUUAAAAAUACCCGAGAUUGGCUUGCGGGCCUCGGGCCCAAGCCCAGUAGGAACCCUAAAUAUAAAUACCUAACACUCACUAAACACCCUCAAUUUCCCUAAAAACCUACGAGCCGACACCCACCCUUAUCUUUUUCCCUUUCCCUUUGUUUUGUCUACAGAUCCAUUCAAACACACACACACACACUAAUGAAAAUCAAAGCUUACAUCAACCACAACACCCCAUGCUCUCGAUUAUACGGCCAACCACCACCCUAGGGUGGUGGCUCACGGUGGCGGCGGCGCGGCGAUAAAGUCCGAGAGGGAGAGAGAGAGAUAGAGAAAGAGAGAGAGACCGAGCAGAAGAGGAUACAGAAGAAGGAGGGAGAACCGGCGGAGCCGGUGCCGUCGUUGACGGCGGCGGUGGUUCCGGUAACUCUCUCUCGAGUCACAGCAGCCGCGGGUCCAAAAAUUUCUCCGGUAAACUCUUAUAAUUCGUCAUCUUUCCCUCGUUUACUUUCAGAUCUGUAAAGAUCUAUCUCUCCGGCCAGUUUUGGUGACGUUUCAGGUUUGAUGAGUGGCGGUGUCGGCGUUGAUGUCGUCGUUUACGGCAGCGGAGGGGUGGAUGUUCGAAAGGGUGAAGUUGAUGGUGAUGGUUGAAGCCAAAAAGGCGACGACAGUUGUCGUCCGGCAACGAUGACGGCGGUUCGGGAGCCGGUUGUUUGUUUCGGAUCUAGGAUAUGCUUGGUUCGAGUUUGUCUCAUCUCGGGUCAGAUUAGUUACGGGCGAGUCUUGGUUCGGCUCGGGUCACUGUGCGGUUUGGGUUCAGUAAAAUAAGGUCAAAGCUGGUCAAGGCAGUCAACUAAGGUCAACGGAUCGGUUCGGAUCAACCGCGGAUCGGACUGGUCAGAUUUACUCAGUCAACGGGUCAACCGAGUCAACACAGCAGGUUGACUGGUCAAUGCUGGUCAACUCGGGUCAACGGACGGUCAACGACAGUCAACUCUCGGGUCAAUCACGGUCAACUCAGGGCCCGGAAUACUAUAGAUGCACGCUAGCCACUACACGUUCUUGGAACAACACUACGGAAUCACGCUAAGCUAGCAUUGCACAGGAAUGUCAAGGUUGCAUUUUCAAAACUAUGGAACGGUUGGAAUAGGAGAACCCAUGGGAAUUCAAGUACUUAGCGGCGUUCAUUUUCUAGAAGUCUCAGCUAAUUGCUUCCGCUGUGCAAUGAAGAUACCGGUCCAGUCACGCCAUGCUCUGAUAAUUUCGGGGUGUGACAUGUUUAUCAUUUAGUACAACUCAUUCAUGGAUGCUAAAAGGCAGUUGUAGAAAUAUAUGCCCCAAAGAUCAUAAAAUGGAAAAGCUUGGGUUUGCAAUGAUCGUUGAUGAAAUAUUCACAAGGCUCCCUGCCAAAGCUAUUGGUUGUUUGAAAUGUGUUUGCAAAGAUUUCUGUAAGGAACUGUCAACUCAUUUUUUUGAGAUGAGGCAUUCUUGUCGAAUUGGAAAUUCACAUAAGAAAUAUCUCUCCUUGCGAGGUAUGUCAAUUGUUGUUGACAACGUAAUAGGUGGGAAUUUGGAUGUGUUUACAAGCAAACAGAUCACUUUACCUAGCAAUGUUGACCCUAUAUUCUUACGUAUUCUAGCAUCGCUUAAUGGGCCGUUGUUAGUGACUUUUAAUGCGAGAUGCUGUGAGCUGAUCCUUUGGAAUCCAACAACCAGGUGCCAUAAGUUGUUGUCCGUCUCAGACUUUUCUCAGUGGUAUGUUCAAAAAUGUGAUACAGGUGGAAUGUAUUUUGAUGAAACCAAUGAUCUUAAAGUGCUUCACAUCAAAUAUUAUUUGUUGAAUAAUGUCGUUACUGCUCGUGUUUAUUCACGACGUUGUGAGACAUGGAGGGAAAUAGAUUUCUUGAGGGGAGUUAAUUUCGGUGGUCAGGGUUAUUCAAUGUCUUCCGAAAUUUAUUCUGGCAAAUCCAUAUAUUUCGUGUGUUCAAGAAGUUGGUAUCCUGGCCCUUUCGAGAGGUAUAUAGUUGCUUUCAAUGUUAUUUCCGAAACUUUUAGAAGCAUUCGUUUUCCUGAAAGUUUGGAAGUUACUCCUUGGCCAGGAAAAAUUCUGAGCAUUGCAAAGAAGCUCCAUUUUAUUGUUGUUGAAGGGUCUCCCGAGUUAUCUGUUGGUUUGUACAAAGUUGAAGAUGAAGCCUUCAUCAAGAUGUUUUCUAUCAAUAAUAUUCAUAUUAUUAGUUAUGAACAAAGUUUGCGUUGGUCUACUAUAUUUCAAAACAACAAGUGGUUGCUUAGAAACGUUUGGAUUCGUCCUGUUGAAGCUAAGCUGAGCAUGAAGUUUUUAAUUACCUUUAACAUCUUGAUUCCUACAUUGGUGUGGAACAAGCAUUAUUUAUCGAGACCGUUGUUUCGCCGAUUGAUUAGAAAUUAUUAUGCUAUAUUAUAAGGAAUGGUGAUCAUUUUUUCGAUUUU